UAGGAUUUGCUACUUGGAAGCUGUUGGUAUGUCUCUUGCAAGAUCUGCACUGUGUUUACUCACAGAAGAAUAUGGACCUCGUGCAUCACACGUUUCCGUUCUUUCUUCUUCUCUUCCUUUAUGGAACAAAAGUGGCAAUUUCAUCUUGUGUCACAGGAUGCUCCUGUUCCAAUGAUAACUUUGGAAGGAGUUUGCUUUGCAUGUCAACAUCUCUGAAAAAGAUUCCAGCAGGCAUCCCACAAGAUAUCAAAAAAAUUAGAAUAGAAAACUCCCACCUAACAGAAUUGCCUCGUGGGUCAUUCUCGAAUGUUAGUGCCUUGCAGUAUCUUUGGCUUAACUUUAAUAACAUCACCGUCAUGCAUCUAAAAAGCCUUGAGUACCUGAAAGAUUUGACUGAGCUGAGACUACAGGGGAACAAGUUGAGUUCAGUACCAUGGACAGCAUUCCAAGACACCCCAGCUUUAAAAAUACUGGAUCUAAAACACAACAAGCUUGAUGUCCUUCCGGAACAUGCCCUCCGCUAUCUGCCUAGUCUGACCUAUUUAGACUUAUCUUCCAAUCAGCUUACUGUCAUCUCCAAGGAUGUUUUCUAUAAUUGGCCUGUGUACCAAAAGGCCCAGCAGCUGGAGAAGAAGGUGGAGGCUAUUUCCAAUGCAGUCUUGGCCUUGCAUGACAACCCUUGGAUAUGUGACUGCCGUCUUCGUGGAUUUGUCCAGUUCAUCAAAUCUAUUAGCCCACCAGUCAUUCUGAUGAAUUCCUAUUUAACUUGUUCAAGUCCCAAAUUUAGGGCAGGCAAGUACUUCCAUGAAGUGGAGCUGAACAGCUGCACGAAGCCCUUGGUAUCACCUCUUGAAUCAAAUGUGACUGUGCUUGUUGGGCUCAAUACUACCUUGACCUGUUUGGUGCAGGCCAGCCCCUUCCCAGUAGUCUGGUGGAUUUAUACACUAAAACACCUACGAGGAUUUAAUGUUUCCACCACUUAUAUCAGUGAGGACACAAUUAAGUCAGAACUGGUUAUUCCUUCAGCCCACCGUGUAGAUGAAGGCAAUUAUACCUGCAUAGCGGCCAACUUCCUUGGUAACAGCUCAGCCACAAUGAUUCUGAAGAUCCAGGCCCCUCGAAUGGUGGCUUCUUCCUUCUCUUCUUCCAUCCCAGAGGAGAAUUCAUACAUUGAUGUGAGAAUUGCCAAGCAGACUGUCUAUGGGAUCACUCUUGAGUGGUAUAGCAUGACGGAGAAUCCAGAAGAAACCUGGUAUACCCUUCAUUUUGGAAAAUAUGAUGACAUUAAGAAGGACAUGAUUUAUAUUGGACCCGGCAUCAAUAGCUACUCCGUCAAUGAUUUGAUCCCUGCCACUAAGUAUGAAGUCUGUGUCACUUUGAGGAACCAGAUGCCUCAAAAGGGGCAAUGCAUUGUGUUUGUGACAGGAAGCGACAUCAGUGGACUGGAACAAAGGGAGAAGCUCAUCCACAUCAUUAUCAUUGUGUGUGCCAUGGUCUUGGCUGUCCCUGCGGGAAUGUAUGCUUGUACCACCGAGACCAGGUUCAAUUGCAUGGAGAAAUGUACCGAACUCUGCCGCAAGAACCGGAGAGGGCAAAACCUGAAAGCAGUCAAUAAAGAGAGCACAUUUGACAGCUUGCCCACAGGCAGUGAAGAGGGGCUCUGCCGACGGGAAUCUAGUGAUGACAAGAGAAAGCUGAAAACCAGUGAAGACAAAGAGAAGGCCAACAAGCAGAAACCUGAGCACAGAAACAGUGCUGAUCUCUAUUAACCUGUCUAUAAGCACAAUUUUGCAUUAGAUUAGAGAAAAAUACAUAUAGGAAGGUGGGCAGAAUUAUCCCACAUGUGUGGACAAUAGGCCUUUGAGUUGCAACAGAGUCAAUGAGGGGCUAGUAUAGAAAACUGAUUUUUUUCCCUUUUCAAAUGAUUAUAGAGCUGCCAAUACUUGCAAUGGGCAGAUAGGCAGAUAAUGCACAAUUCAUACUGAUUCCAAUGGGAACACCAUGCCUCUUUCAGCCAUCAAGCUGUGAUUUACUGUGUACUAAGUAGAGAAUAGAUUAUGUUUCUUAUAGAACAAUUGUACCAGUUUGAACUGUCAUAAUGUGCCUAGAGGACUUUUAUGUAGGCCGGUCUACAUUUUAGAUUGCUAGGCUGUUUAGUCAUUUCGUCAACAUUACUGUUCCCAUUGUAACUGUUUGCUUUUGUUGUUUGAUGAACUUUAGAAAAUCCUCCUGACUUUACCGACUACAAUUGCACUGGCAAAGCUAAGAACAGUUUGCUCAACCGUAUUUAACCCAAGCAAAUAGCGAAAUGUCUCAUUUAUAUGAAGAACAAUUUCAUAUAGCUUUGGCUCAAAUGUGAAACUGAAACAAUAUAAGCAAACAAAUCAAACCCAGAAGCAAACAGUUUCUUAACAAUGUUCUGGUAAGUUGUGCUGGGCGAGGUGAGGAAGAAAUAUGUUUUGUAACAUUUCUUCCAAUCCAUAUGUAGUCACUUGAAACUUGAAACUAAUAAGUGGCUCUGAAACUAAACAUCAGCAUUAGAAAAGGCAUCAUUCCAUUUUAGUGGGGUAGCCAAUACUCCAGAGGACACGAGCAGGAUUCAAAAUGAUCUUGACAGAUUAGAGAGAUGGGCCAAAACUAACAAAAUGAAGUUCAACAGGGACAAAUGCAAGAUACUCCACUUUGGCAGAAAAAAUGAAAUUCAAAGAUACAUAAUGGGGGAAGCCUGGCUUGAGAGCAGUACGUGUGAAAAAGAUCUUGGAGUCCUCGUGGACAACAAGUUAAACAUGAGCCAACAAUGUGAUGUGGCGGCAAAAAAAGCCAAUGUGAUUUUGGCCUGCAUCAAUAG